GCAAAAAGACCACCUCAUCUCCUGAACUGCCCAACCGCUGCUCUGUUCUGGCACUGUUCAUGCCAGUAUAUUAGCUAGGAGUACUUCUUUGAUAAACAUUGUCCGCCUUACGCCUGAUCGAUCCUUCAGGUUUUUCAACUCCUCUUGCGUGUUACCUCGCACCUUUGUUUAUCUUUGCAAAACAAACCCCACAACCACUGCUGGAUAUCCAGCCAGACUUGCAUUUUGAAGCAUCUGCCGGAAGUUUAUUGAACUACAACAUUAGACAAUAUGACUCUUUACUACAGCCUCGUUUUCUGCCUCUUGGUGUUUGAGAUGGCGGUCUUCAUGGGCCUCAUCAUCCCUCUUCCAUUCACCGUGAAGAGGAAGCUCUUCGCUUUCAUUUCGGAAAGUCCGAUAGUAGCUAAAUUACAAUAUGGAUUAAAGAUCACAUUCAUCUUUAUCCUCAUCCUCUUCAUCGAUAGUGUCAACCGCGUAUACCGUGUGCAGCUGGAGCUGGCUUCCUUCGGCAAAGAGGGAGGCACCAUGGGCUUUCGCCACAGAGCCGCCGCUCUCGGUACCGAUCGCAUGGAAGUCCAAGCCCGGAAGUUCUACUCGCAGCGCAACAUGUACCUCUGUGGAUUCACCCUCUUCCUGUCUCUUAUCCUCAAUCGCACUUACACCAUGAUCCUUGACGUCCUCCGUCUUGAGGACAGAGUCAGACUCCUUGAGGGUGACAAGAAGGCUGGCGGUAAGGACUCCGCUCGUCUUGCGCAGGCCGGUGAAAUCGGUGAAAUCGGCCGUCUGAAGGAGGAGCUUGCAGCCAAGGACCGUGACAUUGAGACCCUGAAGAAGCAGUGUGAGGGUCUCACCCGCGAAUACCACAAGCUUGGUGAUCAGGUGUCUGGUGAGAAGGAUGAGGCUCCCAAGAAGGACCAGUAGACCUCUCUUGGGUGUGCCGCGAGAAAUACAAUCGUGAGCUUGUUAGGCCAGUCGGGACUGUAAAUUGAUCGCUCUUUGGGGCUG